AUGGGGGCGCCAGCCAUGCCGGACGCAGAUCGCAUGGCGUCCCUCUGGAUGCCCAGCAACGACGUGAUGUGCAUCCACCCGGGGGACGAGCCGGUGCUGGGCCAGCAGGCCGUCGCCCGGUCGUGGCGAUCCCUCUUCCGUUCCGGGGACGGCCGCUUCUCUAGCAGCGUCAUCAAGCCCACGGACGUGAGGAUAAGGGUUAGGGGAACCACGGCGAUCGUGCAGUGCAACGAGGAGGUCACCUCCAGGCAGAACGCGGCGGCGGCAGCGGCGGCGGCGGCAACGGCGGCGGCGGCGGCAACGGACCCUACGCUGCGAUCUUUCUCUCCCGCGCCGCCGUCCGCGCUGAGCUCGUUCGGUUCGUCUUCUAAGGCCGACGACGACGACGACAGCAGCAGCUUCGGCGACGACCCAAAGCACAAGGACCCGGCCGCCUGGCUCGCCCACGUCAUCUCCGAGAACCCUUACGAGCCCGGCUCGGAGAAGUCCAUCGUGAGCAACCCCACGACGCCCGAGGACAGGGCCAGGAUCAAGAAGGCGGUGGGCAAGCACGGGGCGGCGAGCAUCAAGAAGGCCGUCGCCGCGGCGUUCGCCCAGUCCGACGAGGAGACGAGGCUGGCCAACCUGGCGAAGCGGAGCAAGAAGGGGGGAGCUUUCUUGAGCGGGGGCGGGGGCGGCUCCGAGAGAAGGAGCAAGAUUAAGCCGCGCGUGCUCAACGUGACCAACAUCUACAGGAAGGCUGGGGGGAAGUGGCUCAUGGUUCACCACCACGCGAGUCUGCCACCGACGGGCAAGUCGGGCAGCAGCCGGAGGGUUGCUAUGGGGAUCGACGGCUUGAAAGAUGGCCUGGAGGGCAUGCCUCGCAUUAUCAACCUAUCGGAACAGGGCGGCGGCUUCGGCGGGGGUGGCGGCAGCAGCAAGGAUAACAGGCUCGAAGAGAUGCUGGAGGCGUUACGUAACCGUCUUCCGGGCGGUCUUCCUGGGGGUAUCGGCGGAACGGGGGCGGGAAGGACGCCAUCGGGCGGAAUGAUCAUUAUCGGUGGUGGGGACGACGACGAUGACGAUGACGACGAAGAGGAAGAGGAGGACGAAGAUGAUGAUGAGGAGGAGGACGAGGACGAGGACGAUGAUACCGAUGUGACGAGCAGCAGCAGCAGCAGCAGCAGCUCGGAAGGCAAGGGCUCGCGCUGGAGAAGGGAAGAGCUUCCCCUUACCGAAGACCUCACCAAGAAGACUAUCCAGACGUUGCGGACCCUGGUGGAGAUCAAGGUGCUGGAGAAGGACGAGCAGCGCCGCCUGGUGACGGACGUGAUCAAGCACGCCGCGGACGACGAGGCCAGCGCUGUCGAGGUGGCGUACGAGCUGUUGCUGGCGCAUACUAAUGAGGACCUGGAAGACACAGACACUCUCGCUGAGUUCGUGGACCAAUGCAAGGUUAUAGCGUCGUCGUUGUUUGAGGACGACAAGCGAAGGAAGAAGCGACGGUGGCGUUAGUGUUGGUGGUGGUCAACGGAGCAACAUGAGAGAGGAACUAAGAACGAAGCUAGAAGAAUCACACGACCGCGGCUUCCGCGUGUGCGAGGGAAAGGAAUAGUGAUGGUUCAAACAAUUGAUGAGCUACAAAUCACUCGGUACAAACGAAGCCGACUUUAUACCGAGACGACACAUGCGAGCUAAUAGCGGCGUCGGGGUUUAGCUGUGUUGCCUGCCACCUGUGAGCCAAGCGCGCCUUGCUGCAUCUCGGGAUGAUGUUGGUAGAACCGACCUCCUUUUCGGGCCAGGGAGAGCGAAACGAGCAAGACAGCAUAGCAGCGCACGGAGGACGGUAACACCCCCCCUGUACAUUCUCCUUCGCGCUUCCCCCCCCUGCUUAGGGGCCAAGCAGACUAGAAAGUGGUACCAGUGAGCAGGGGCCGAAAGUGCGCCAAGUAGCGGGCGCGUGAGGUUGAAGCGCUUGUACGCUCUGAUCAGCUCCGUGUGUGGGACGGCGAGAUGUCUCGAAUCACCCGAAUUAUGCCGUCACUGGUCUGCUCCUUUCCCUACUGUUGCCUGGAUAUGUGGUCGUAUUCAUGACCACAAGAAACUACUGGUGCCUUGGAUUAUUAGGAUUUUUUUUGGUCCAAGCCCAGCGUACAUUUACGCGGAGAAGGGGUGUUACG